AAAUUUCAAAGCUGGCGCGAGCAGCGCGCGCUCUGCGCCUGCGCACUGAGGCAGGAGCACACAAGCGGAGGGAGAGAACUUCACUAGGCCGCUCUUUUGAGGUUAGGUGGGCUGGUGGGCUGUCAAGAAGUGUGCAAGGUGUGGCAUGUUCCCCCAUCUCUUGUGAGGACCUCCCUGCGGUGACACGCGCCAUCGUAAUUAAUUCCACGCACAGCUCCAUCAUCAUCCUUUUGGGGUCCGAUCACGCAACCAAUUAGUUGUAAUCAUGUAUCAUCAACCUCCACCAAACGUCGAUUCCUCUAGCAAUGUUGAGGGCAUGUCAGGAGCUCUGCCCUCCAAAACCCCUGUUUCACUUCUCCAAGAGUUGUGUAUGCGCAGAGGAAUCUCCCCCAAGUAUGACCUUCUGCAGAUAGAGGGAGCAGUUCAUGAACCAACUUUUGUGUACAGAGUCACUGUGGGGGAGUUUGCAGCAAAUGGAUCUGGACAAAGCAAGAAGAAGGCAAAACACGCAGCUGCAAAGGCUGUCCUGGACAUCAUCAUCCAGGGUGGUGCUGCAGGGGCUGGGGGACCCACUUCAGGCGGAGCUCCUGGAGCUCCACCAGAACUAUCAACCCAGAUUGUUUCCCCAUAUGAUGAUGGUAUCCCAGGGAACCCAGUUGGGUCCUUGCAGGAGCUGUGCAUGGCGCGUCGAUGGCCCCCUCCCACAUAUGAGCUUACCUCAGAGGAGGGCUUCCCUCAUGAGCGAACUUUCUCCAUUGCAUGCACCAUUGGUAACACCAGAGAAAUUGGUACUGGAAAGAGUAAGAAGCUAGCAAAACGGCAAGCGGCUUACAAGAUGACACAGCUGCUGAAGGACCAGCCAGUGGAGGCACCUCAAGUCAAUGUCUUGGCCGAUGACGACGAUGAGAUUGCCCAGAAGUUGGCGGCUCGGUACUCUGGGCUGAAGGAUUCAAAGGUGUUGUCCCUCACCACCAGUGACUCGCGGAAGGUGAGUCACUUCCACAAGAACCUAAAGCAGUCUCCCGGCAAGAAGCUGCACGAGCUACAGACAAUCUCGCUGAGCAACGUGAACCUUAACUUUGUCCAGAUGCUCCAAGAUAUUGCCCAGGAAGCUAACUUUGUUGUCACAUAUGUUGACAUUGAGGAAUUGUCUGUCUCAGGCCAGCAUCAGUGUUUGGUUCAGCUGUCAACUCUGCCAGUUGCCGUGUGCUAUGGCACGGGAGCCAAUGUGAAGGAGGCACAGUCUGCUGCUGCUCACAACGCCCUGGAAUACCUAAGGAUUAUGACCAAUAAGUAAACUUUGUGUUAGGGAGAAGGGGGUCAUUUGAUGGAAGGUACAAGUAUGGAGGGAGCCUUUUUUAAAUUUCACGACAAGAAGUAAAACCCGGUGUUGAGUAUUCCCUUGUACAAUCAGUGACUCACCAGUUGUGGACUCGAGCUGGAGUGACUGUGGUAACUGGUGGAGAAUUCAACACCCUGUAGAAUAUUUACCUAACCCCCCAAAAAAAAACAGAGAAAAAAUUGCAUCACAGAUGUGUUGCAAACCAAAAAAAUGAAAAAAGUCUUUCUGGAAAGGAUGACAAAAAAAGUUGCCCUUGGGUUUUCAGGAGGUAACGAAAAAAAAUUAGGAACUCGGACCAGAAUGAAGCAAGAUGUCUGUGGUACCUGUGGUCAACAUGCAGGAAUUGGUAAUUCAGGCAAAGGGAGAGGUAUGUACAGGUCGUCUCUGUACCAAAGAUCAUGGGCGUUGUGAAUGUAAUGGAAUAUCGGCUAAAUAGAGGUCAUUCUUUUGAAUGACUCAGACUCAUUAAAGUCAAUUUAAUUUAAUUUCCUUAAUGCUGUAGUACAUAACCUCUUAUAUUGGAUAUUGAAGGUACAUUGCUGUUUGUGCCUUUAGCCAUUUACAAGGUUGCCAUUAUCUCCUCUCCCUGCCUGACUCAAAAAUAUCAUUUUGACCCCACAGAUAUCCUGGUCUGAGUUUGCUCUCGUUGUGUGCAUCUGCUAUACUUUGCAUAGAAAUAGUGAAGUGUUACAGAAGAGCACACGCUGGCUGACUUGGCCUCCAUGUUGCAGGUUAUGUGAAUGGUGUAAAGGUAGUCAAAAUAGUACCUGACAUUCUUACCUCUAGUACAAUUAUUGUAGGCCAUUUGUUGUUUCAGAAAAUUAGGUUUGCGUAUCGAAGGACACCGCACCAUCAGUGCAAAGAUGGAGUAAAAGUCAACCAGUGCGUGGCCUCCUGACAUUAAAUGUACCGUAGUCAUGGUCCAGGUCCAGGUGUAGGUGUCAGUUGUGGAGUACGUUGCCAGGGUGGACUCUGGGUAGACAUUCAUCACCACUUACCAUUUCCACAAUUAUCUGCUCUUAUUGUCUUUUAGUAAAAAAUAAGAAAAAAAUAAAAUGAAAAAACAACAGGAUGAAAAAUCAGCAUGUAAUUUGAAAUGUGCAAAUAUGCUCUGUUUAAUUACAGCAUAGUUGUGCAUGUCAGUAGGUAUUAAGCUUCAUUAAGAUGUUCCAACCCUUGCAAAUUACUCCAUUCUGCAACUUAAUAAUGCUUUACCCAAUAAGCUGUUACGUACAUUAAUUCUCUUAUCUAAUGGGCAUUCAUUAAUUAAAUGCAAAGUAUAGAUACUGGAUGAUUGCUGGCUGUAGAGAUGGGCCUCCUUGGGUCAAGAAAGGUCAUCAGAUGAAUUGGCUUGCCAGUCAUGUUUCAGAGGGAGUGAUUACAUGGAGCUAUAGUGACACACUGUGCCAAGAAACUUAUUGUUUUCACUGGUAAAACUAAAAAAGAUCAAAAUGUUUUAAGUAGAACAAUUAUGUUCAGCAGUUAUAUCUGAGAAGGGAACCUACAUUUGAUCUGAGCAUGCAUUCCCCAUCAAUUAUUGUAAAUGAACCCAAGGAUGGCUAAAGCCCACACAAUGAUAGUCAGUGAGGUUGAACUUUUUUGUUACUCCGAAGCUGAUGUUAACGUGGUGUGGGCUAGGGACAGAAGCCCAUUGUACGCAUGAGAUAGCACUCAGGAAGAUGAACAAAGUCACAGUCAUAUCUUGAAAAAAAAGUAUUAAUAAUAAUUCCAAUCCAAAUUUGCAGUAACUGAACACAGGAAUCACUGCUCUCUUGUAUUCAGUUAGAGCAAGCAAAUUUGGAGCUGUGUACAUGUCAUCUGUCUGUGUGCUGUUGGUUUUUGUUCACCAGCAGCCUAUGUGGUCUCUACCAAGUCAGGUCGUUGCAUUGCUUUCUGAGCAGAGAUAACAGUUUUACAAGUAGAAGAAAUGAGUUCUGUUAGAGAGACAUGUGUUCCAGUUUUGUAUGACCAAUAGAUAAGCAAAAUCCACCUGUCAUGUUAAUCUGCUGGCAAGACUGGUCUAAUGUAGUGUAGUUUUUUGUACUAGGUCAAGGAAAAGUUGAUAUGUUGAAUUUGAAGUUUGAAAGGGUGUCACCUUGUACAGUGGAUGUAGAAAUGCCAAAUGAUUGCUCAUCAUGUGAACUUAAUUAGCAAUGCUGUUUGUAAAUGCUUCAUGAGGCCUGAGGGUUCAUGGUAUGCUGGACGUCAAAGAUUUUCUUUGCAUUAUAAUUUACAAGUAAGGACAAGUUCUCAAGAAGGAAUGAGUAUGUGCUUAUAAUUCCUUGGAAUGGAUUGGCUGUAGAUGAUCUGAUGGUGACCACAUGGUGCUGUUGGUAUUUUCAGAAACUGUAUCACUCCAAACAACUGGUAAGUUCUGAAGACAGAACUCCCAAGGAUAGUGUCACCUCUGUUUGGGUGUUACACAUGUUUUGAGUAACUGGUCUUUUCAAUCCAGUUUUUAAGAGAUUGUGCAGCUCAAAUAGUUCUUGUCUAUUGUCAUUAUUGUGUAAGAAAAAUUUCUUAGUAUCAUGGAAUGCAUGGAACUCAUUCAAGCAUGUUGUAAUUUUCAAUGAGUUCAGUAUGUCCCUGAUAUUAGAGAAUUGCCAUUUUUGUGAAAAUAUCUAAAUCUCUUUAUAAUGUAUUGCAAGUGCUAUUUGAGAAGAUACAACUUACUGUUAGGAACCAUCAGAAUCUGGAUUUCAUAAGGGCACACACAACCUUUUUUUAUAAAUAUAUAUUUUGUUUUUGUUCAUUAUUAUUAUUUUUUAUUUAUUUAAUUUUUUCAUGGUAUAAAGACAGUUCUACUACAUCAGUGUUGUUUCCACAGUGACUUACUUGUUUAGGGACUGACUUCUGCAAAAUACUCGAGAAUGUGUAUUUGCAUGUUUUUGCGCACUGUAUGCAUGUAUUUUUCUUGAAUAAAUUGCAGCACUCAGUCCCUACAUGUGACUAUGGCUGUAACUUACACAAUGUGGUAUUUGCAUCAAGCCCUAUGUGUACAAUCUCCAGUUCAUGUUAAAGUUAAAAAAAAAAAAAAAAAUGAAAAAAGAAGAAAAAAACGAAUAAUGUAAUGAGUUGAAUAUUACAAGUCCAAACUUAGUUAACAGGACACAUAGAUAUAGUAUAACUUGGAAAAAAAAUAUGAAGCUUUUUGUCUAUUUCUCAUCCCUCCCCACCUAACUAAUUAUAAGUUGAAUAUUAUCUAUGUGAUCUGCUAACAAUUUCUAUUUAUUAUGUUCUACAGUUAUGCACUAAGUGAAUUCAGACAAAUUGA